AUGAAUCGUAAUUCAUUUGAGUUAAUUAAUUCAACACCAAAUAUGAAUGAAUCAUCUAUCAUGAAUACUCAAUCAUCAACAAUUCACCAACCAUCACAAGGAUUUAGUAUAAGUCAAUUACUAAAAUCAGUAAAUAUUCCAAAUCCUGAUUCAAUAACAAUACCUUCAGAUGGUGGAAUAUCAAAUAAUUUAAUAAAUAUUAUACAAAAUAAUUCUAAUCCAUUAACAGCAUCUUUAAGUUUUGGUACACCAGGUGGUACUUUAUUAAAUACAAAACAACAAUUUUUAAUUAAAGAUUUUCAUUCCAAUUCUUCAAUUGCUUCACCAAAUAGAUCACCUGAAUUUUGGUUUAAUCCUUCAAAUGGUUUAAAUUGGGAUCAAUAUAUAUUAAUGUUUAGACAAAAUGCUUAUCAAAAUAUGUGGAAUGAUAUAAAUUAUGUUGAUAAUCUUCGUAAUAAUACAACAACUAAGUCGUAUCGUAGAAGAAAAGCUAGAACAGUAUUUUCUGAUAGUCAAUUACAAGGACUUGAAAAAAGAUUUGAAGUUCAAAGAUAUUUGUCAACACCAGAAAGAUUGAAACUAGCAAAUAAUUUACGCCUUAGCGAAACUCAAGUAAAAACAUGGUUUCAAAAUAGAAGAAUGAAACAUAAAAAAAUAAUAAAAAAAGAUGGUGGAGAGAGUGAAGAAAAUGGAUGUGAAGAAUAUGAAAAAGAAGAAUCAAAAAAUCUUGGAAAUGUUCAUGAAGAAGAGGAGACAGAUUCGCUUAAAGAUAUUUGA